CUCCUUUAAAUUCCUCUGUUUACUCUGUUUCUAAUGGCUCCAAGCUUGAACAAGAAUGCCUCACAAGUGAUAGCUGGGCUAAUAGAUGAUAACACAAAGCCUUUAUCCAUAACGCUUCAGGGCUCUGAGUUUUUAGCCAAUGGCUAUCCUAUACUUACUCAUGUUCCUGCUAACAUCAUUUUCACUCCAUCACAAUUCAUUUCCAAAGAUUUUACCUUCGGUUGCUUCGUCGGAUUUGACUCCGACGAGGCCCGAAGCCAUCAUGUGGUUCCAAUUGGAAAGCUCAGGGACAUAAAAUUCAUGAGCCUAUUCAGAUUUAAAGUAUGGUGGACCACACAUUGGGUAGGCAAAAACGGUAGAGAUAUCCAACAUGAGACUCAAAUGUUAAUCUUAGACAAAUCCGAAAACGGACUUCGUCCUUAUGUUCUAAUACUUCCUAUUCUAGAAGGUUCCUUCAGAGCCUCGUUCCAGCCUGGAAACGACGACUAUUUGGACGUCUGUGUGGAGAGUGGAUCAAGUAAAGUUCGCGAAACCAGGUUUCGGACUAGCAUUUAUAUGCACGUAGGGAAUGACCCCUACGAAAUGGUGAAGAAUGCUAUGAAGAUUAUAAGAUUACAUUUAGGGAGUUUCAAGUUGCUUGAAGAGAAGUCACUUCCAGGUAUAGUAGAUAAAUUUGGUUGGUGUACUUGGGAUGCUUUUUACCUUAAGGUAAAUCCACAAGGGGUAAUGGAAGGGGUUAAGGACCUAGUAGAGGGUGGUUGCCCUCCAGGAUUAGUCUUAAUUGAUGAUGGAUGGCAAUCGAUUUGUCACGAUGAUGAUCCGGUAACUGAUGAUCAAGAAGGAAUCAACAGGACUGAUGCUGGUGAACAGAUGCCAUGUAGGUUAAUAAAAUUUGAAGAGAAUUAUAAAUUUAGGAAGUAUGAGAGUACUCCAAAGGGAAAGGGGAAGGGGAUGAAGGCAUUUGUGAAGGACUUAAAGGACGAAUUUAAGAGCAUUGAGCAUGUUUACGUGUGGCACGCGUUGUGUGGGUACUGGGGUGGGAUUAGGCCUAAUAUACCAAACAUGCCGGAUUGUAAGGUAAUUAGUCCUAAGCUGUCACCAGAUUUGCAGAUGACUAUGGAGGAUUUGGCUGUGGACAAGAUUGUGAACAAUGGAGUUGGACUGGUUCCACCGGAAAAGGUUCAUGAAAUGUAUGAAGGAUUGCAUUCGCAUCUUGAAUCAGCUGGAAUUGAUGGAGUCAAGGUGGAUGUAAUUCAUUUGCUGGAGAUGUUAUCAGAAGAUUAUGGAGGAAGAGUGGAACUUGCUAAAGCAUACUAUAAAGCCUUAACUGAUUCAAUAAGGAAACAUUUUAAAGGGAACGGUGUGAUUGCUAGCAUGGAACAUUGCAAUGACUUUAUGUACCUUGGGACAGAGACUAUUGCUCUUGGACGCGUAGGAGAUGAUUUUUGGUGCACCGAUCCAUCUGGGGAUCCCAAUGGGACAUUUUGGCUGCAAGGAUGUCACAUGGUACAUUGUGCUUACAAUAGUCUGUGGAUGGGAAAUUUCAUCCACCCUGAUUGGGACAUGUUUCAAUCUACUCACCCUUGUGCUGAGUUUCAUGCCGCCUCUCGAGCCAUCUCAGGAGGACCAGUAUAUGUUAGCGACUCAGUUGGGAAACACAACUUCCAGUUGCUGAAGACAUUGGCCUUGCCUGAUGGUUCGAUUCUUCGUUGCCAACAUUAUGCACUACCAACUAAAGAUUGCCUGUUUGAAGACCCUUUACACGAUGGAAAAACCAUGCUCAAGAUUUGGAACCUUAAUAAAUUUGCCGGAGUUCUUGGAGCAUUUAACUGUCAAGGAGGAGGAUGGUGCCCUGUUUCAAGGAAAAAUAAAAGCGCGAAUAAGUAUUCAGUAGCAGUGACAUGUUUGGCUAGUCCCAAAGAUGUUGAAUGGAGCAAUGGAACAAAUCCAGUAAGUGUGGAAGGAGUGAACAUUUUCGCGGUGUACAUGUAUAGACAGAAGAAACUAAAGCUCUUAAAAUUAUCUGAAAGUGUGGAGAUUACUCUUCAGCUUUUCGAGUAUGAGCUCUUAACAGUCACUCCUGUAGCUAUGUUGUCGAAAAAAUCAGUGCAGUUUGCCCCAAUUGGAUUGGCGAACAUGCUCAAUUCUGGUGGUGCAAUCGACUCUCUCGUCUACGAUGAGGAGGAAGAAAGUUCAGUAAGCAUUGGAGUGAGAGGGAGUGGUGAAAUGAGGGUGUUUGCCUCUGAGAAGCCGUCAUCGUGUAUGAUCGAUGGAGUCUCUGUUGAUUUUAGUUACGAAGAUCAUAUGGUCAUAGUUCAAGUUCCUUGGCCUAAUUCUUCAGGAUUGUCUGGAAUUAAGUAUGUCUUUUGAAUUAACAG